UCGGCCGAGGGAGUGCGUCAUCAGCGUGCGCCGCCUCCUCCGCCGCUUUCUAAGAUGGCGGCCUUAGCCCGGGUCGGGGCGAGGAGGGCGGCGGUGCUGCUGCUGCUACAGCGGGAAGGAGGACGGCGGCCUCCUCCAGGCCUCCAGCCCCGGACGCUGCUCCGGUGGGGGGCGGCCCACAUGACCCAGGCCUCCACGGAACAAGUCUCUGAAGAUCAAAACUACCCCGGGGUGGUUGAAUCGACCGAGGAAUACAAAUUCGUGGAGAGACUCAUACCUCCCACGCAAGUCCCGCUGCCUCCCGAGCACGACCACUAUCCUACGCCGUCAGGGUGGAAACCGCCACAAGAUCCACCUCCAGACCUUCCAUACUUCGUACGGCGGUCACGCAUGUACAACAUCCCUGUCUACACAGAUCUCACCCACGCGUGCAGGAAGAUGACCGUUAUUAGAAAGAUUGAAGGAGACAUUUGGGCGCUCGAGAAGGACGUGAAGGAGUUCAUCACACCCUUGCUAGGAAAGGCCCCGGCCACCCAGGUUAACGAAGUCACCAACAGCAUUCGUAUCAAAGGUUAUUUUGAUCAGGAGUUAAAGCAGUGGCUGAUGGACAAAGGGUUCUGAAUAAAGUCCAGCAACCGUCGGGAAGAUGUCUCUCUUUUAAACAACCCUCUACCCUCCGGGGAAGUAAUUGCGAGGACAGGUUGCCCAGGAACAGUCAGGGGGGCGAAGCAGGAUCAGACUCCUGGCAGGUCUAGAAUUUUGUUCUUACUUACACAGGUGUCUGAGAUAGCUUUUCCUUUUAACUCUUGUCAGUCUGAUAGAACUUUGGAAAGAACAAGGAAAAGCCUGUGGGGUCCCCAUGAUCACACAGAUGUAAGAGUUGGCAAUGGCUUCUGUUGGAUCAU